UUAACUAUAUUUAGGUCAUCCCAAAACCAGAAGGAGGCCAAAACCCUAUGGCCAAAAACAGACGCCUGAAGGCAAAGCAAAAGCGAGAGCAACUGCUGGUCAGUGCGUCGUCUUCUUCACCGGAACCCCAACCCCAAGAAUCAAUGGCGACCGAAAGGCACAAACAACUCAAACAGAAAGAAGAAGAAGAUGAAGUCUUCUCCCAUGCCAUGGAACUGGCGUGCGGGUCAGCGCUGCCCAUGGCCAUGCACGCAGCCAUCGAGCUCGGCGUUUUCGACAUCUUGGCCAAUGCGGGCCCUGGUUCCACGCUCUCCGCUGCGGAGAUCGCGGCCCAGAUGCCCGCCAAGAACCCCGACGCACCCGCCCUGCUGGAACGCAUCUGCGGCCUACUGGUGUUCCACUGCGUACUUGGUUGCUCUGUGGUUGAUAACGAUGACAGUGAUGGGCUUCCUUUCCGUAGGUUCUACUUUCUGCUUCCGGUGUCCAAGUACUUCGUGCGCAAUCAAGAUGGGGUUUCCUUAGCGCCCUUGAUGGCCUUGAUUCACGACAAGGUUUACUUGGAUAGUUGGUCUCAACUGAAGGAUGCAGUUCUUGAAGGCGGAGGUGCAUUUAACAGGGUCCAUGGAAUGCACAGCUAUGAGUACGCUAGCAGGGACCCUAGGUUCAGUCAAGUUUUCAACACAGCAAUGUUCAACCACACUACCAUACUUGUUAAGAAGAUGCUCGAGUCCUAUGACGGUUUUAAGAACCUCAAGCAGAUCGUCGAUGUUGGUGGUGGAAUCGGAGUGGCCCUUAGCUUAAUCAUUUCAAAAUACCCCAAAAUUAAGGGCAUUAAUUUCGACAUGCCUCAUGUUAUACAACAUGCCCCGCCCUAUCCUGGUGUGAAACAUGUAGAUGGAGAUAUGUUUAAAAGUGUUCCAAAAGGAGAUGCCAUAUUUUUGAAGUGGAUACUUAAUGAUUGGAGCGAUGAUGACUGUGUGAAGAUAUUGAAGAACUGCUACAGCGCUCUUCCAAACAAUGGAAUGGUAAUUGCUAUGGUGGAAGUUCUUCCACUUUUUCCAGAGAUUACCACUUUCGCAAAGGUUAAAUCCCUACUUGAUAUGCUUAUGAUGACUCAAAAACUGGGAGGAAGGGAGCGGAAGAAAAAUGAAUUAUUUCCAUUGGUAUAUGCAGCUGGAUUCAAGAGCAUUAGUUUGAGAUGUCAUGUCUGUAAUACCUGGAUUAUGGAGUUCAACAAGGACAUGACAUCCAUAUAGUAAGGUGGUGUAGGGAAUAUACCUUUUGUAGGAGCUUGGAGCCUAGCACUCUAUUAGCUGUUUUGCCUAAUUACUGAGAUAAGGCAAGCAAUGCAUGCAGUUUCUGAUGGUAUUGUAAUAUCAGUAUGCAGUUUCUGAAGGAUUCCAGUAGAUUUUGUAAUGAAAGAUUUGUUACGCUCGCCUGCUUAUUUCUAUUAGAUUUGCUUUGUAAUGAAUUAAAGUCUGAAGGGAUAGAGUGACAUAGAAGUGGUCAUUUGUAGGGGUAAAUUGAUAUU